UCAGAUGGUUAGAGGAAGGCCAUGGAGGCAUCCACUUAGUCGCUCCCACGUCAAACGACCAGCUCUGCCAGUCGGACCAGCUGACUUUUACUUUCACUCAAUGCGCACCGGAGACGCGACAUCCUGGCUGCUUUUACGCGCGAGAUCCCACUUUUACGCACCGAGGAUUUAAUAACUCGUCUGUUUUAAAGAGUUUCUUGAAGGAUGCCUCGUCCGGGGAGAAACACAUACAGUGACCAAAAGCCUCCGUACUCCUACAUCUCUCUGACCGCCAUGGCGAUCCAGAGCUGCCCGGAGAAGAUGCUUCCUCUCAGCGAGAUCUACAAGUUCAUCAUGGACCGCUUCCCUUACUAUCGAGAAAACACGCAGCGCUGGCAGAACUCUCUCAGACACAACCUGUCCUUCAACGACUGCUUCAUCAAGAUCCCACGACGUCCUGACCAGCCAGGUAAGGGCAGCUUCUGGGCUCUGCACCCCAGCUGUGGCGACAUGUUCGAGAACGGAAGUUUCCUACGGCGCCGCAAACGCUUCAAAGUUCUGGGCGCGUCCGAUCACUUGGCACCGAGUAAACAAUCGGAGGCGGCCCAUUAUCUCCAGCAGCAGGCCAAGUUGAGGUUGAGCGCACUGGCCGCCACCGGGACCCACCUGCCCCAGAUGUCCACCUACAACCUCGGCGUGACGCAGACGUCCACGUUCAAGCACCCGUUCGCCAUCGAGAACAUCAUCGCCAGAGAGUACAAGGUCCCCGGCAGCUUGGCGUUCUCCACCAUGCAGUCCAUGUCCGCCGGGUACCCGCUCCACAACCAGCUGACCACCGCCUGGCCGCACAUGUACAACAGCAGCGUCAUCGACACCGCGGCCCCCAUCACCAUGGGCAGCGACUACAGCGCGUACGGGGUCCCCAUCAAGUCUCUGUGCCACGGUGGACAGUCUUUACCUGCCAUCCCGGUGCCCAUCAAACCCACCCCGACUUCCAUGACCGGGUUCUCGGCGCUUCCUCCGCACAUCCCCGCGUUCCUCUCCAACUCCCCGCAGUCCCUGAGCCCCACGUCCCCCCAGACCAGCCAAAGCAGCCCCGCCACCCCUAGCGAGACUCUCACCAGCCCCUCUACGCUGCAGUCCGUGGCCGUGCACUGACCCAACAAGUGGACCCUCUAUUACCAAAAAAGUUUAUAUUUUGUGUCGUCGGAAACUAUCAAGGCGAGUUCCAUGUCGGUGUGUGUGAGUGUGUGUUUGAAUGUAGCACAGAAUCUGCAAAUAUAAAUUAUUUGAUAGAUAUAUUUUUCAGUUCGUUGUCAAAUGUCUGAGGGGUGUUUUUGUUUUGGCCACAUCUGUAUCAACAUCUCAGCUCAGUAUUCUCGUUUUUCAUUUCUGGUGUGACGAAAACCAAAAUAGCAGUAGGUGUGUUGAAGUAACCUUUCAAAAACUCUGUAAAAAAACCGUCCUCAACGUGCCAAGAUUGUGAAUAUUGUCAAAUGCACUUUUUAAGAACAAAAUUGUUCUGUGAAUUUAAUUUAAAAAAUACUGGAGAUCACGUGAACAACUCCUCCUGUACAUUUGUACUUUUUUAAGGUAAAGCAUGCGUUCUUAAAAAAAAAAAGAAAUAUUUGUGUUGUCGCUGUUCUUGUCGUUCCUUUUUGUUUAUUUUUGUAAAGCAUGCGUACUUUCUGAAGUGUGCAAACCGUCUGCGAUUUAAUUGGGAAAAAUGGUCAUCGAAAUAUUUUCUCAUUAAAAGUGAUAAUAAACAAUCAGUGCUUCUGAAAAUUCACUCGUUAAACGUUUAUUUUACUUUUCUAUUUAUUUAUUUUUCAUGAUUUUUAAUAUGACAGCAGCUCCUUUUCUUUCCAGAUCUCACCCUGUAUAAUGUUUAUGUGAUCGUUAUUAAAUGUAUAUAUACAUGCUAAUAUCGUGUCAACAUUUAACAGCAACACGAUGACAAGUAUUUAAAUUUUU